UUUCUGCGGUCGCUCUCCUCGGCGACGUUGACAACUACAUUCACAGUGUGUUUUGCCGGGAACUCUGUGUGAUACUAAAGUUGUACAGUCUCGGGAAUAUGAUAGCAUGUUGCGGGGAUGCGGCAGUAGCUAUGUGCGAUAAGUGAGGAUUUGGAUAAAUAACUUAAAAAACAGUUUGACGAACUCCAUCCGCGCGCUUCAUGUUCGACAGGACAGGAGGAGGAUCGUUCAAAAUUGGUCAAAUCAUUCAAUAUUUGGAGGAUAUCGACAUAUGGAAACAGGAAGUUGAACAACAGUGGGGUUUUAGUCGAGUGUUGUGAUGGGUAAAGAUUAUUACAGGGUGCUGGGGAUAGAGAAGGGCGCCUCGGAUGAGGAGAUCAAGAAAGCCUACAGAAAACAAGCUUUACGAUUUCAUCCCGACAAAAACAAAUCAGCCGGAGCAGAAGAUAAAUUCAAAGAGAUCGCCGAAGCGUAUGAUGUCCUGAGCGAUGCCAAGAAGAAAGACAUCUAUGACAGAUAUGGAGAGGAUGGGCUUAAGGGACAUGCCGGUGGUGGUACCAAUGGCCCUAGCUAUAGUUUUCAUGGUGAUCCACAUGCCAUGUUUGCAGAGUUCUUUGGUGGCCGUAGCCCAUUCGAUCAGUUUUUUGCUUCUGCUGGAGGCGCAGAUAAUGACAUGGACAUUGAUGACCCCUUUGCGGCCUUCGGAAUGGGAGGAAUGGGUGGAUUCCCCAGAUCUUUCAAGUCUCGGGUAGGUGGUGUGCACGGGGGCCGAGAAAAGAAGAAAGAUCCCCCAGUUAUGCACGAACUCAAAGUGAGUCUGGAAGAGGUGUUCUCUGGUUGCACGAAAAAGAUGAAGAUCUCUCGCAAGAGGCUGAACCCGGACGGUUGCACGGUACGCAACGAAGACAAGAUCCUCACUGUGGACAUCAAACGUGGCUGGAAGGAGGGGACAAAGAUUACCUUUCCCAAAGAGGGAGAUGAGACGCCAACCAACAUCCCUGCUGACAUAGUGUUUGUGGUUAAGGACAAGGUUCACUCAGUUUUUCGGAGAGACGGCUCUGACAUCAUCUAUCCUGCAAGGAUAUCCCUCCGAGAGGCUCUGUGCGGCUGCACCAUCAGCGCUCCCACCCUGGACGGUAGAACUGUCACAGUGACAUCACGUGAUGUCAUCAAACCCGGUAUGAAGAAGAGGAUAGUGGGAGAAGGACUGCCAUUGUCCAAAUAUCCUGAAAAGAGAGGAGACAUGGUGCUGGAGUUCUCAGUGAAAUUUCCGGACAAGUUGGGACCGAGUACUCGUGAAGCUCUGGUUCAGAUCCUACCACCUUAAUCUUUCCAGCCACUCGAGGACAGACUCUCAACACACAGAUCCUAUGAUUGGGCCCUUCUGAUUUCCUAGAUAUUAUUACACCCGAAAGUAUCAGUGAUAAAUGUACAAAAAGUCAAGCUCCGAAAAACACAAUAGAGCUCCAAUACAUUAUUUAUAUCCCCUUACUUGUAUUGCAAUGCACUUUUACAAAACACUGUGAAACAUUUCAGAAGUAAUAUAUUGACUUUCACACAUAGUUUUACAGUACUUCAGAGUAAACACUCCAUCAUCCUCCUCUUUACUUCUUCAGGUUUCUUUUUACCCCUGAAUCUGUUUGUAUUUUCUUUUAUUAAAAUUUUAUUCCAAUUUUA